GAAGAACUAUUUUUCCAACAUGGCUGAAAACUAGUAGACGCUUUGAGAAAUGCUCGAGAGACAUAAAUUGUUUGUUAUACGUGUUCAUUAGUUGUUUACAUUUUCUGUACAUAAAAUUCAAAAUCAAAAUGAAUAUGGCAGUGGAGAAAAAAAAGUUCCCAUCCGCAUUGCCCACAAAUUGGCCAACAAGAGACGAGCAGUCAAGAAAAAGUCAAAAUCAAUUGACAUCGACAGGGAAGGUUGAUGUUUAUUACUACAGUCGAGGGGUGAGAAAUGAUGCUUCAUUAGUACCACCGAUAAGGCAAACGGCGUCUAUUUUUAAACAACCAGUAACAAUUUAUAAGACACAAGAGGGAAAAGUUAAAGACAUUAAACAUGGAAAUCAAGAGAAACCAAAGCAGGAAGGAGCCGAAAAAACUGACAGCAAAAAUGGCUCACAAGAUAAACCCAAGCAGCUCUUCUGGGAAAAACGACUCGAGGGACUGAGAGCAUGUGAUCCAGAUGGUUUUGAAUUUGAUGUUAUGGAUUUACCAAAAUCUUUAAGACCAGUGGGACCCUAUAUUACUGAGGAAACUUUAUUGCAAAGUGUUGCGACUGCAUUGCAUGUUUCUUCACAACCCGUCACAGGACAAACAGGUCCUAAAAUGUCCUUAGAAAAAAAUCCAGGCGUCUUUCUCAAUCCCGAACAGCCGCUCGUUCAGGUAGCGAUUCAGGUUUCCAAUUGAGUGGCUGUGUCGAUAGCAGACGAUGAUAUUAAACGACAGGAAGAUCGCGUGGCUGUGGCGAGGAGAAAAUUACAAGAAGCACUGCGGGGUACAUCGAUAUAAUUUUAGUCAUUUUUUUAUUAACGUCGUUUUUACGGACUUUAUUCCUUAAGUGUACUGUAUAAUAUAUUGUAAGUUACUGCAUAAGUUUGUAAUAAAUGUUUUUAUAAAAAAAAA